AUGGGCAAGUACGUCGUGCCGACAGCAGAAGAGAGGGAGGGCGGCAGUGACGUGGUGGUAAAGUGCCUUCUCAUCGGUGGAGCUCGCGCCGGGAAGUCUUCGCUGCUAAAGGCAUUCAGUCGAGAGGACUUCCGUGAGGAGUACCAAGCUACCAUUGGUGUGGAAUUCAACACUUUGCGGUUCCAGUCUGAGGAAGGGCUUAUUCUCAAGCUUCAGGUCUGGGACACGGCUGGCAUGGACCGAUUCAGAGCCAUUGUCAGUGCGUACUAUAGAGGGGCUGCUGGCUUCCUCGCAGUCUUUUCUCUCGGCAGCCGGGCCUCCUUAGAGGAGACCCUGAAGAUCGUCCGCGAUGCUCAAAGCCAGUAUCAAGAAUCUUGCCGCUGUAUGUGCUUGGUGGGCACACAUGCAGACCUGCCCGAGCCGGAGGUGACAGAGGAGGAGGCUCUUCAGUUGGCUGCCGAGAACCAGUGCCCGUACUUCGCGGUUUCCUGCAAGACUGGACAACACGUCCAUGACCCGCUCUUUGCAUGGCUGGACAUGUUCAUCGAGCGGGAGGUUGGCGGAGAGGCAAAGCAUGCAUCCCUUUUCCUCUACCAGAAGCUCAGGACUUUGGUGCCUUCUGAGCUCGAGGAGACGAUGAGGGAUCCAGUCAGCCGCCUAGUUCCGGUUCCUUUCUACGUGCUGCCAUACAAGUUCCGCCUGGCGGUGCACAGAGGGGUCGGUGGCCUCGCCCAGGGAAUCGCCGCACCCAGAAAAGGGAGUUGCCCUCGUGCGCAUCUGCAGGAGUUGCAGGAUAUGAUGCCGCUCUGCACUAGCGACGGAGCGGUGCCCAACUUCCUGGCACGGCUCCUCGCUGUGCGCGGCGCGGAAGCGGCUCCAGCUUCAUCGGAGCCGGCAACCGAAGCUGCUGCAGCGGCAGCUCACUCGGGAGUCCGGGAUGGCCUGGACCAGCUGGUGGUGGACGCCCUCACGGUCUACAUGAGCGGCUGGCGGAUCUGCAAUGGCGGAUCAGCCAAAAUGGAGGAGAGCGAGCCGGUCUCCGUGCUGGCAGCAAGCCGGCAGAUUCUCGAGCGACGAGGACGCUCCCCAGCUGGCGUGGGCCGACCCCAGCCGAGGCAAAAGCAAGGCCACGACCUGCAGGAGCCCAAACUCCGGCUAGGCCCAGAUCGUUCCUUCUAA